AUAAGUCGUGUACAUCCGAUGCGUUUACAUAUAUUGCCGGGCGGCGAUCGACGGCGGUGGGAUCUGUUCUCUCUUUCUCGCUCACUCUCUUCCUUUCUCCUCUAUAAUCUGUCUCACGCCGUUUCGUCCUGUCCGCGUCCGUCUCUCUCUCUCUCUCUCUCGUUCUUUGGCGCGAGCGCGCGCUCGCCGGGCGAAGAAACCGGUAAACGCGGACCUCUCGGACGCCGGUUCGGUCAGUGCGAUGCCAACUGUGUUAGCGUUCGCGUUACACGAUGACGACCGUCGUCAAUCAUCAUCUACCUCCGUGGUCCGCCGUCGUUGUUGUGUCGAUCGCCGCGAUCUUCGUCUCGUUGGCGCCGGCGUCGCUGUGUUCGGUGCAGCCGUCCAGCAGCGGCAACGCGCUAUGGGACGAUCUGGUGGGCAAGUGCGACGGUCCCCGGAACACGAUGGACUGUGUGCGCAGCCGGCUGUACAAUUACGUCGAUCACACGUUCGAGUCAGACUUUAACAUCACCGACGGGCUGACGUUCACGAAGAACUCCAACGACUACGAGGCCAUGUGCCCCGGUCAGAACGAGACCACGUCCUACCGGGAAGCCCGAGCGCCCGAAAUGGAAGACGAAGAAGUGGCCGAUGACGGUUGGUCCGACGUCACAGAACAGCUGUACAACAAAGGCGCCAAAUACUUGGCGACCCAUGACUUUGAAGCCACAGUGCCUAGUUUUUUGGGUGGUGGACCGGGUGCUAAACUUCGGCUAUCGCCCAAAAAAAUUUUGCCCGAUGGUGGUAUAAUCCUGCGGAUGGACGUGUUGCCAGCUGCAAGAGACGCCAGAUCACCUAGGUUCAUGCACAAGAUGAUAAAGCAACUGUUCAAAAAGAAACUUAUGUCAAGCGGUAUGGCUUUGAUGUUGAUAAUCAAACUGAUCAAAAUCAAGGUGCUGUUCUUGUUGCCGUUGUUGAUCGGAGCGGGCGCCGCUAAGAAGAUAUUACUGAAAGUUCUACUGUUCGUGUUCCCGCCGUUGGCUCAUUUGUUCAAGCUCUGUUCGUACUACCAUCAUCACGCCUCCAAGUUUUAUCAUUUCCACCAUCACAAGGUUAAACACCACCAUCACCACCUCAAGGUACCCGUACCGGUACCCGUGCCCAUCAAACCACCACCGGGUUACCACAGCGAUUACUAUCCUAGCCCCACGUUGGACCAUCCGCCGCCACCCGGACCUUACGAUUCGCCAGAGCUUUUGAGCGGCAGUGACUAUUACAACCGUAACGGUAUAGACAUGAACAACGUGGUGUCAGAUCACGCGGACGAGCUCGCCAGUUGGGGUUUGGGCGAGUACGGGGAAGGUACGUCACAGUACGAUGCACCCAAAUACACGUAUUCAUCGUCGCCCGCGCAGUACGAACCGCUCAAAUAUGGCGGUAAUGGUGACGGCGGUAGCAGUGGCGGCGUUGGAGUCGGCGGAGGUCCUCCACCAUCGCCGUACGCCGAGAAAUACGUCAAGAGACUGGACAAUAAUCCCGCCAUGGGCAGAUUGCCACCCGCGCUGCAACAGGUAGCGACUCACGACCCGGUGUACACUCCGGUCGUACAGAAGUUGGACGAGAUAUUCCACGAAUUGGCCGUGCGCGAAGAACCGUGCAAGGAGAAAUUGGUGUGCAAGAUGUAUGGCGAUCCCGGCAGGUUCAGUCCGCACAGCAAUCUGGUGUCCGCGCAGUUGAGCAGCGAGACGGCCGCGAGUUCUGGCGGAAGAACAAGCGUCAGCGCGGAUGCCGCGAGACUAUGGCGUUACGUGCAAGCGGCCAAGGAAGGCCAAAACGGCGAAGACUGUCGCCUCCUCUAUCAGGCGUGCACCAUGAUCGGACUGUGAUGACGACUGACGAGUGACUCACCGCUAUUGAUUAAUCAAAAAAAUAAAAAAAAUAAUAAAAAGAACAAUUAGAAAAAAUAUCCGUUUUCUACUUGGUCCAUCACCGGUACAUGGGGUUUCUCACAGUUUUAGCAGCUAUAAGGCGUUACAAUCCAUUUUUGACAAUAUAUCGAAUUAUUUAAUAAUUUUUUUUUUCUUUUUUAAUACGUUCGUCGCUAACUAGAUACGCGCUUUAUACGUAUAUAGGUGUAGAAUAAAGUAAUAAUAAUGUUAUACACACACACACACACACACACACACACAUCUAGUCACCUCAAUUAUUCGUAGAUAUAGGGCAGCGGUCAUAGACAUACCUAACCAGACAAUUAAGUUAAUCGAUCGUCGAUCGUCAUGUGUAUCGUAUUGUGCGUAUACUGUUGAAAUUCGAUUUGAAAAUAAAUACGUCAUAUUGUGUAGAAUAUAAAUGCCUACACGAAAAUUUAAUUUGAAAUAAAUAUUACAUAUAGUUUAUCGAAACGCGACGUGCGAUUUCGAUCUAACAAUCUUUUUGCAUAAUAUAUUACGAUGUAUCGGCUGUAUAUCGUGUAGGGUAAAAAGCACUGGGUUUGUCCACUGUUAAAAUAUAUCGCACAUAUUAUUUUAACAAUUUUUUUAAUGAAACCAUAUUGCUGUAUCCUAGGUAAAUCUCUGCACGCUGCUCUUUAUGCGCGACGAUGUCUCCGCUCGCAGGAGUCAAUUAUUAUAGUACGAUAUCUGAUUUAAAACAUAACAUUACAUGUACGCCUUACAAUCCCGUGUUCUCACUAAUUAUCUUUAUAAUAGUAUAAUAUUAUUUAGUUAUUUAUUACAUUUUUUUUUUUUUUUUUUUAUCGUAGUGAAAACUGUAAGAUCGUGUACAGUGUAUCACACUACAGGCUUAGUAAAACACAUUGUUUAUUAUAUUAUUUAUUUAUCUACCUAUGAUAUUUAUUAUAUACGAUUUUUAUUUGACGUGCCCAUAAAUUUUUAAUAUUGUAUAAUUAAUUUAUUGACUAAAGUAAUGUGAUAGUUUAGAUUACAUGUCUUAGUAUACCUAUUAAAAUGUACAUAAUAUUAUGAUAGUGAAGUACGUGUACUUUAUAGUUAUAGUAAUUUAUUGUA